GCCGCCGAGGCCCACGGCGCCCCCUGGGCGGACGGUCUGGCCGCGACCCCCCACCCGCCGCGCCGCGCCGCGGCUGCCCCGCCCCCACCCGUCGCAUAGUCGGGGGCGCGCCCGGUCUCCGCCCUGAAUCCAAGUCGGAACUUGACCGAGUUGUUUGGGCCGCGAUGACCGCACGGCGUGAACCGUCCUGAGCAGGGCCCACGCCCGGCCCAAGCGGCCCAGCCACCGGGCUGGGGCGGUGUCUCCCUUUGCCCCCUCCCCCCCAUGAACGUCCGCCUCCCCCGCCCUCCUGCCCAGAGGACCCGGGACUGACAGCGCAGGGUGACGGUUGGGCAGCCCGCCGAGUGUCGGGACCAAGAGAGCCCGCCGGCCACCCGCUCAGCUGUUUCCUGCUCGUGUUUGUUGUGCCGAGGGAGGCCCCGCCGCCACCGCCGCCGCCGCGCUCUGCCGCCCCGGGCCCUCCCGAUUGGCCGGCUGGCGUCACGUGGCCUCCAUCAGCUGGGCCGGCGGGGGCGCUCGCGGGCCCCACUGCGGCUGCCGGAGACAGAGUUUCACCAUGUUAACCAGGCUGGUCUUGAACUCCUGACCCCAGGUGAUCCGCCCACCUCAGACUCACAAAGUGCUGGGAUUACAGGCGUGAGCCACCGCACCUGGCCAAGUGUUGUAUUCUUAAUCAUCUGGAAAAAAAUAAUGCGCCUUAUGCCAGCCUGGACCAUCUUGGAGGCAGUGUAGGAUCAUGGAAGAACUUUGAAUUAGGUUUUUAGAACUUCAGCCAUAAAAAUGGGCAGAAUUUUCCUUGAUCAUAUCGGUGGUACCCGUCUGUUUUCUUGUGCAAACUGUGAUACGAUCCUGACCAACCGCUCAGAACUCAUCUCCACUCGUUUCACAGGCGCCACUGGCAGAGCAUUUCUUUUUAACAAGGUAGUUAACCUGCAGUACAGUGAAGUUCAAGAUCGGGUCAUGCUCACUGGCCGCCACAUGGUUCGAGAUGUGAGCUGCAAAAACUGCAAUAGCAAACUGGGAUGGAUCUAUGAGUUUGCCACUGAAGACAGCCAGCGAUAUAAGGAAGGCCGCGUGAUCCUGGAACGUGCUCUAGUUCGAGAGAGUGAGGGCUUUGAGGAGCAUGUACCAUCUGAUAACUCUUGAAGAUACAGAGAGAAAUCCAUCUUUUCCCAGGUCUCCUUCACUGAAAACAAAAAUCUACUUACAUACACUGUCACCUUAGCAUCAGAGUCGGAUUAAUGAACUGCGGAACAAGAGGUUGUGAGAAUCUAAGAUGGAACCUUUCUUUUUUUUUUUUUUUUUUAAUUUUGUAUUUUCCAUCCAACAGCAGUGUGUAGAGAGAAUAUUAUGCAGAUGCCGUUAAUUUUUUACCCUAUGUUUACAUCUUGAGGCAGAAGAGUCUGUCUGCAGCUAUGUGGUGAGCUAUGUAAGGAAAAAAAUCUGGGCUGUUAGAGUGAAAAAGUGUGUUUUAUGUCAAUUGUGAAAGGAAAAUGUUAGGAGUAUGGUUUUUAAACUUGGGCUUCAUUUUAAACUUUUUUUUUUAAACCCAGUUAUUUCACUUGAUUUGCUAGCUUCAGAGAAGAGAUCCGAAUCUGUGCCCAGCGCUAAAGGCUCAGUGUUAGCAUGGCUUGUGCUGGCCGGUGUGCCAUAUUCUUGUUGGAGAUGAACCGUAGCACCAGAGCCCAUUCUUCCUUGUCAGUCUUGGCCCAAAGAUGUUACCAUUCCUAGUUAUUUGUCACCACAUAAUUGGUGUUGAUUGGAAACUUUUUCUGAGAUGGGACAGAACUGCUGGGUUGUCUUUUUCCAUGUAACUUAAGCAUAGUAAUAUAAAUAAAGUAAUAGUUGGAUGCUUUUGGUCCUGUGUUGCUUUUAAAAACACCUUAUAAAAGAGGAGAGUAUUUGAUAAGCAAUUUUCAUAGUAGUAAAGUUUUUUUUCAUCUCUUAAACUAAAUUGACCAUGCAUAUAAUAUUCUUUGUUUAAAUGAAAGCAUACUGUUGAAACCCGCAGUGUUGCAUUUAGAAAACAGUUGAACAGAAUGUCAAUGUGCAUUCAUGCAAAAAAAAAUUUAAUCUGCAUCUGUUUUAGAAAAGGGGGAAAUGAAGCAACUUGUCUAAAAAUACUGCUUUACAAAGCAUUUCAGCCUUUCCCCCUCAGUUUUGCAUUGAUUUUUUGACAAGUCUGUAGAGCCUAAUAGUUUCCAUCAAAGGCCUAGAUCUCUUAUUAUAAUUUUUUUCAGCUCUUCUCUCAGAAGUUCAGCUGUUGAAACGAAAACUGUACUUUGUACCCUCACAUACAAAGGGAUCAAAUUUGACCUGGUGUUAUUUUAGCCCCAAAUUUAUGACAUUACAAAAUAUUAAAAUGUAAAUGUUUCUUUACCCAAACUACUUCUAGAUAUUCUAGUAUUUGCUUCUGGUGGAAUUAAAUGACGGUAAAAUUGGCUAAUUAUUUGAAUGAAUGAAUGGAUGGAUGUUUUGCAUGCUCAAUUUCUAGGUCCUUUGUCUAGAAAGGAAAUUUGCCUCAGUUGAAUUAGUGAAAUAUUUCUGUCGUUGAUAUUAAAAGUGACUUCUGAGUACAGUUAAGUUCCUCUUAUUUGCCACUGGGCUGUUGGUUAGAAGCAUAGGUAACUGAUUAAGUAGGUAUGAUACUGCAUUUGAAAUAAGUGGACACAAACUAUCCUUUCUCCACCAUGGACUCAAUCUGAGAACAACAGCAUUCAUUUCCAUUCAUUUCCAUACUGGCUUUUGAUUAUAUGCAGAUUCCUAGUAGCAUGCCUUACCUACAGCACUAUGUGCAUUUGCUGUCACAAUAAAGUAUAUUUUGUCUUGCA